GCAUGCUCAGAAGCAACAACUGGAUGGUAUAAAAGACUCUCUAUACACCAAACAGAUAAUCUUUGCCAAGUUACAACUUCAAUUGAUAGCUUUCACACUCUCUUUCAUACUUAGAAGAAAAAAAGAACAAAGUUGGGGUUGACGAGUAUGAAACAUUCUGCCGUUAUUAGUAUUGUUCUGAUACUUAUUUUGGCUCAGAGUUUAAAUGUUAUGUCAUAUUAUGGUAACGAAGCCAGUUUAUUGGAUGAUUACAACGAUGGACUCGCUCGUUUUCUAUUCUUUACGAGAAAGAGAAGCUGCAUAAGACGUGGUGGAAGUUGCGAUCAUCGACCCCAUGAUUGCUGUUUUAGUUCUUCGUGUCGAUGUAAUCUUUGGGGUACCAACUGUAGAUGCCAAAGACCAGGAUUGUUCCAGAAAUUGGGAAAAUAAAUUUUCUUUGGAUAAUUAUGUUUAUCUUACCAAACAACUUCUGCUUAUUGUAUAAUUUAUUUUCCAAAUAAAUUUAUUCUGUGUGCUCAAGGCACUUAUUACAAAGACAGUAAUAUAUAUAAAUAUAUACUUCUGAGCUUCCCAAGAAAGAAAUUUUAACGUUUUUGAAAAAUAUAUUAAUAAAUAUACAAAAAAAAAUCUUUUCGAACUUAAGAAAUAUUUAUUGUUAAUACGUUUUUGAAAAAUCAUAAUAUUCGUUAUAAUGUUAAUCAAGUUAUUUAAG